AUGCGCUUGCGGGCGGCCCGGCGACUGCCUGGCAGCAGUGGCAGCGGCAGCGGCAGCAGCCCCACCAAGGGCGGCCUUCGAUCCCAACCCAAAUCUUCUCGAAAAUCCGUGGCACCAUUGAACCCAGCCUUGUCGCAAAACCAGACGCCCAAGUCCGAUACCGAGGACCCCGUCGAAGUACCGAGCGUGGGCUGGAUGUGGCAAGUGGGUGGCAGCGGCGGCGGAAGCAACACCCCAAUAACUGCCACAGCAACAUCCCGUCCAAUGCCGAGCGCCAUAUCAACCGUUGCAAAUCUUUACGAAGACCGGAUUAAAGCCAAGAAAUCUCUGGGUCAGAAUUUCCUGACGGAUGAUGCCGUACUCCAGGACAUUGUUGCGGCGGCCGGUGUGGGGCCACAAGACCUGGUGCUAGAGGUGGGGCCUGGCACCGGCAACCUCACGAAGCACCUGCUUGCUAGCGGCGCCGGUGUUACGGCGGUGGAGAAGGACGACACGCUGUACGGCAGACUGCAGAAGGAGUACGGCGAUGUACCCCGCCUUACCUUGAUACACGGAGACGCACUCAAGGUAGGUCUGGAGGACAUCAUCCGCGGCAUGAUGCUGCAACAAGACCGCCAAGACCCUGCGGCGUCGUCAGAGUCGGUGUCGUCAGCUGAGUCAGCGCUCGCGUCAACGUCAACGUCUGGUGCAUCCAGCCGGGGUUACAAGCCUGGUUCUUCCGCAGCAGCCGGCGGCCGCAAAGUCAAAGUAGUAGCUAACCUGCCGUACAACAUUACUAAGGACUUGUUGACGUUGCUGCUGCCGCUGGGCGACUGGAUCUCCGAUUUGCAUAUCAUGAUCCAGCACGAGGCCGCGGUACGACUGACGGAACACACGCCAGGAGGUCCCGAAUGGAGAGCUGCCAACAUCCGAACCCUUUUCUACUGCCGACCCAGGCAUGGGGGAGGAUGGGCGGGCAGGGGCAGGAGCAGGUACCGCUUCCGUAUUUCCCGCCUCAAGUACGAUCCCGUACCCGGCGUGGACGGUGCAUUGGUUACCUUUUCUCUGAUCCCGCCCAGCGCCCGCCCUGCCGUACCUUCCGAGCGCGCAUUCCACUCGCUAGUCGUCAAGGCGUUUUCGGAGCGGCGCAAAAAGAUGCGCAACAGCUUGCAGCCGUUGUACGGCGCUGAGCAGGUGGAGGCGGCGCUGUCCGAGUGCGGCCUCAACGCGGAUAGUCGCGCUCAGGACCUGAGCCUGGAGCAGUUUGUGGCUUUCAGCAGGCAGCUGCACAGCAUGUCGGUGCAGGAGGGGAUGGGGCUGCUGGCGGGAGCAGCAGGGGGGGGGGGAGACCAAUACAUGAUGAAAGUAUUCUUCCAGAAACCUCCUCCCAUACGUUGUAGCCACAAACCGUAAAUUGCAGGGAUGUAACCAAUGACC